AUGGAAAGGGUGGAGCACGAGAAACCGAAAAUUACGAAGCGGAAUCAAACCAGUUUGAGAGAUUUUUUUAAAAAACCUAAAUUAUCAAAUGACUCACAAAUUACUGUUAUCGAAGAACAGAAAACAAAUGAAGAUGUUUCUUACGGAGGGAAAGACCAGCUUCCUAUAGAGAAAAUUUCCGACCAGUUUCCUAUGGAGGAAGGACUAGAGCCCCUACCAGUUCCUAUGGAGGAAAAACGUUUCAAUGACAUUUCCAGCUAUGUCAAUCGAAAAUUGUCAAACGAGGAAAAACUCAAAGCUCUUGCGGGAUUGUGGGAGCCAGAUAAAAAAUACGUUUUUCCAGCUGAGGACUAUGGUCGCUUUAAACGACAUUUUCAAACGAAUUGGCUAAUGCAGUUCAAAUGGUUGGCCUAUUCUGAUCAAGAAAAAGGAACAUUCUGCAAGUUCUGUGUGCUUUUCCGUAGCGAGGAUACAGUUGGUAAAGGGAAACAUGUCAUGAUUGGAAAACUUGUAUCCAAACCGUGCAAAAAUUUAAAAGAUAGUUUGGAAAUAUUCCGAAGUCACGAACGCACAAGCUACCAUCAAAACUGUAUGCUUACUGCAGAUAGUAUUCGAUCGAUAUCAGAAAAAGAGACGGAAGAUAUUGCUGUUCAAGUUGACAACCGAAGGAAAGUUACUGCAAGAAAAACCCGAGCAGCACUUGUUCCAAUUGUUCAAACUAUCAGACUUUGCGGGAAGCAGCAGAUAGCUUUGAGAGGCCACCAAGAUUCUGGUCGCAUCACACUAGAAGAUCCUGAAAAGAACGUCGGUAAUUUUCGUGCUCUUUUGCGGUAUCGGGCAGCUGGUGGUGUUGUUGAUUUAAGGCAAUAUUUAGUGAUGAGUGCAGGAAACGCAAUGUAUACUAGCCCACGUAUACAAAACGAAAUUAUUAACACAUUUGGGGAAAUGAUUCAGAUGCAAAUCAGAGACAGAGUACACAAAUCUGGAUUAUUUUCAGUUCUAGCCGAUGAAACAACAGAUAUUGCUGGUAUUCAACAAUUUUCUCUGUGUGUCCGAUACUUAGAAGAUGCGACUGCGAGCGUCAGGGAGGAUUUCCUAUGCUUUGUUCCUGUCAACGAUGUUACCGGAAAAGGACUUUGCACGACGAUUAAGGAUACUUUAAGUAAUCUCGGAAUUGAUUUGCACAAUCUCCGUGGCCAAGGCUAUGAUGGUGUUUUAGCAAUGCGAGGAGAGUUCCGCGGAGUUCAAGCCAACAGCUCCAGACCAGUAGCAGUAAUAGGUACUGAUACAGAUCUGCUCUCUAUUCUUAUUGACAGAGGUUCUGGAACAUCACUGUAA